CCUCUUAGGCGGCGUCGCCGCCCCUCGUUAACCUCAUCCAUUCCCCACACGUAACACAUCACCGAUAGCGUACGCGUCUUUCUCUCGAUAUCUAUAUAUACACGCACCAUCUCUUUCGUCAUUUUCAUCUUCGAUCUUUCAUCACAUUUCAACCUUCGAUUUCUUGGAUCUUUAUUACCUCAAAACAUUAUUCAUUCUGUUCUGUAGUAUCAUCAAAAUGAGUAACUACAACCAGUCUCAAGGCACUGCAUAUCCAGUUGAAGGCAAACCAGAUACACAAGCCCAUUCCACGGCGCCACCGCCGGCUGGUUAUCCGGUGAAAGAUGAGCAGGAUAAGGCCACGGAUUAUACCGCUGCCAAGAAAACUCAGUCUCGGGGUGAUGGCUUUUGGAGGGGAUGUUGUGCUGCCUUGUGUUGCUGCUGUGCGUUGGAUGCUUGUUUCUGAGGAGGCUAUGGAGUUGGAUCACAUUCAUAGAUCAUAAUUAAAAUGUUUAAGUUUCAUGUAUAUAUUUAUUAUCUGGAUUGAUUGAUUUGGGAAUAUUCGUGACUUCUUAUUAUGCUGUGUAAUAAAAUUUCUCGUAUUGAUUUUAUUAUUGUUUUUGUUCAAAUGUAAUUCUUGAUUAUACAGAGAUAGUAGGUUAUCUGUUCGUGCUGA